AUCUACCUCAACAAACGUUUACUCAGGAAUGAACAGAAGCACGGGCUAGAAGAAGAUGAAGCCGAAUCAUAUAACAGAUUCGCCGAAUUAUUAGGCCAUAUGUGGGGAUUUAUUACACAACAAGCGGAAAUGCAAUUGAAACAUCAGAAAGAGAAAAAGAAAGCAGAUAAAAAGACAGAGAAAAAUAAA